AUGACGACUCGGCGUUGCGCUAUGUGUAUGGCCGCAGCUGCCCUCACGCUGAUUCUGAACCUUGCGUUGUGGUCGUCGUUGCUCACGGAAGCAGAAAUUGAAAUAGUGACCCACCCUGCGCAUAGUGUUCUUCGAAACACUUGUCUGCCCAGAGCAGGCUUUGGCACCGCUGUUUUAUAUAUGGGGCCAGAUGUGAACGAUUCAUCAAACAGACAGAUUUAUGACGAGGCAAAGAAGAUAACAUUAAAGGUUCUAUACAGGUCGCUCAACGAGGCGUUCACUGUUGAAAAGCUGUCGUCGGGCAGGUUUUCAUAUCCGAAGCCCAGCGGUUUCGGUGAUUGGCAAGUACGCAUAUCCUGGACAAAUCGUGCUUUGAAGCGCAGUGGCUGGUACCUUCCGCCAACCGAUGCUUUGGAGGUUUGUUCUCUGAAUAUAUCAGGCGAAGUCGUAUUCUUCCGAGGCUUUGCCUUCGGAAGUUUUCAAUAUGGUCAUGUUCUCCACGAUUUGCUUCCGGUGCUGGUGUGGAUGAGCGCAUCAUACCCCAGUGCACAGGUUGUGUUGGAGUUGGAUAAGCAAGGGAAAAUUGAGCCGUUUUUAGCGUGGUUCGAUCCAAGCCUACACCGAAGAGCAAUAUUCGUGCAACCUGACGUUGUUGUCUGCGCGGGAGUGCUGUUGGCGGUGGUACCUCAGCGUGGUAUCCAGACCCCACAUGGGCUUCGCAUUCCAGCUUUGUUCAACCACUUGCGGUCGCAUGUUUUGUACGUGCAGCCUUCUCACAACCCAGUUGCAGCCGUGCAUGAAGUGCGGAUACCGGCGACAGCAGGUCACGGGCGUUUGCUCACUCAAGAUCACUCGCGGCAGGUCCUUCAGAUUGCCUCUAGUGCUAUUCAACAGCACAGCAUGCCCCUGGAGAUCGUUGAGUUCAACGGUACUUCAAAUGGUAAAGCUGCGACUUUCCAUGAUCAGUACCGCCUCUUUAACUCGGCCGUUCUGGUUUUCGGCCCUCAUGGGACUGGCUUUUCAAACAUACUGUGGAUGCCCUGUCACGUGCCAGUGGCAGCCAUUGAGUUUGUUUGCGGUGCCCACUCUCUACAUGUUCGCGGAUGUCAGUUGAACAAUGGCAAAGUUCGCUUAGCAACUUACUGGAGUUUGGAAGGCAGUGUUUCGUGGGUAAAGUACUUUCAUGUCUUGGCGCGAGACGCCUCCACAGAGAUGAGUGACUUCAUGCAGGUUGACCUGGAAGGUUUUUCAGCAGCUUUGGAUGCAGCUUUACGUUACAUAGCACGUCCGACGGGCUGA